AUGUCGCCACCUGACGAUGGCACAGUAUUUCGGCGAUCAGACAUGUCGCCACCUGACGAUGGCACAGUAUUUCGGCGAUCAGACAUGUCACCACCUGACGAUGGCACAGUAUUUCGGCGAUCAGACAUGUCGCCACCUGACGAUGGCACAGUAUUUCGGCGAUCAGACAUGUCGCCACCUGACGAUGGCACAGUAUUUCGGCGAUCAGACAUGUCACCACCUGACGAUGGCACAGUAUUUCGGCGAUCAGACAUGUCGCCACCUGACGAUGGCACAGUAUUUCGGCGAUCAGACAUGUCGCCACCUGACAAUGGCACAGUAUAUCGGCGAUCAGACAUGUCGCCACCUGACAAUGGCACAGUAUAUCGGCGAUCAGACAUGUCGCCACCUGACGAUGGCACAGCAUUUCGGCGAUCAGACAUGUCGCCACCUGACGAUGGCACAGUAUUUCGGCGAUCAGACAUGUCACCACCUGACGAAGGCACACUAUUUCGGCGAUCAGACAUGUCACCACCCGACGAAGGCACAGUAUUUCGGCGAUCAGACAUGUCGCCACCUGACGAUGGCACAGUAUUUCGGCGAUCAGACAUGUCACCACCUGACGAUGGCACAAUAUUUCGGCGAUCAGACAUGUCGCCACCUGAUGAUGGCACAGUAUUUCGGCGAUCAGACAUGUCACCACCUGACGAUGGCACAGUAUUUCGGCGAUCAGACAUGUCACCACCUGACGAUGGCACAGUAUUUCGGCGAUCAGACAUGUCGCCACCUGACGAUGGCACAGUAUUUCGGCGAUCAGACAUGUUGCCACCUGACGAUGGCACAAUAUUUCGCACACCUGACGAUGGCACAGUAUUUCGGCGAUCAGACAUGUCGCCACCUGACGAUGGCACAGUAUUUCGGCGAUCAGACAUGUCACCACCUGACGAUGGCACAGUAUUUCGGCGAUCAGACAUGUCACCACCUGACGAUGGCACAGUAUUUCGGCGAUCAGACAUGUCGCCACCUGACGAUGGCACAAUAUUUUAUCGAUCAGACAUGUCGCCACCUGAUGAUGGCACAAUAUUUCGGCGAUCAGACAUUUCGUGA